AUGUCAUCAGCAAACGGUGGUUUCAUCGAAUUUAUUAAAAAAGCUGGUAAUAGAGCUGUUCAUGUAAAUCCUCCUCACGGAGUAGAUAUUCAUCUAACAGAAUCAGGUUCAGAUUGGUUAUGGUCUGUUUACUCAGUCUUUGGUGUAUUGUCUAUCAUGUAUGCUGUUUUCUUCUUUUAUCAAGAAUAUACAAAUGGUACUCAGUUGAUUAGAUAUACCAUGGCAGCUCCAUUUUUAAUUUCUCUUUUCGAAUUUUUCCAAUAUUUCACAUAUGCUUCCAAUUUAGGUUGGACUUCCAUUCAAGCAGAAUUUAGAAGUGAAGAUGUAUCGCGUCCAGUUACCGACCUAUACCCUAACGUUAGACAAAUAUUUUAUGCUAAAUAUGUCGCUUGGUUCUUAUGCUGGCCCAUUCAAUUAUUUUUAGUGGAAUUAGCGGGGAUCACUAUCAAUCAUUCCGGUGAAGUUUUCUCCACUUGGGAAUUAAUCCACUCUUUAUUAGUUCAAAUUAUUGGUUUUGAAUUUUGGGUCAUCUCUUUGUUAGUCGGUUCUUUAAUUCAUUCCACUUACAAAUGGGGUUAUUGGACCAUGGGUAUCUUUGUUUCCUUCUGUAUUUUAGGUGUUCAAGCCAAGAGACAAUUAUUUGAUUUGAAAUUAAGAGGUGUUUCUCUAAUCAUCUACGUCUUGGCUGUCAUUUGUAUCUUAUUAUACAAUGUUUGUUGGGGUUUAGCCGAUGGUGGUAAUGCCAUCUCUCCAGAUGGUGAAGCUGUAUUUUAUGGUAUCUUAGAUUACUGUUGUUUUGCCAUUUGGACUGGCUACUUAUGCUUCAUCAUUUGCCAAUACGGUGAAUGGCCUGAAAUUGAAGGUUAUCAAAGGGAACCAACCCCAAAUGAGUUCCCAGAAAAGAACAUGCCAGUUUCCCCAAGAGCCUCUGGUGAAACUGCUUACGAUACUGAUAUUGAAAAUACCGCUGAUGAAGAAGUUGAACAAGAAGGUGAAAUGACACCAUCUGAUGAAGUUUCUCAACGAGUCUGA